AUUCUUUCUUUUCAAUAUACCAUGGAAAUCUUUCAUGUCACUAAGAAUAUGAUGGUACAUAGUUUCAAGAGAUUCAUCACACCAUUCUUUGUUGUAAUUUUCAUAGCACUUCCUGUUUUUCUCAUUGUUAACUUCAUGUACUCAAACUCAAGCUUCUCUCUCUUUGAGGGGUUAACAAAAGACCAUGUCAAAGGUGCUAGGGAAAAUUGAAAAUGGUACUACAACAACAGAAGGAAGAUCAGCUACAACCAUAGGUUUGAAGAAUGAGUCAAUUACAAGUUCCACAACAAAUGAUUCAACUAUGCAUGCUGUAAUCCAUGAUGAUUACAAAGAGAAAUUUCUUGAUGGACUUUUAGCUUCUGAAUUUGAUGAAACAUCAUGCAUAAGCAGGUUACAAUCCCAUUUAUACCGCAAAUCUUCGCCUCAUAAACCUUCUUCGUAUUUGAUAUCGAAACUACGCAACUACGAAGAAAUUCAUACAAGGUGUGGACCUAAUGGUAAAGCUUACAACACAAUCAUGGCCAAGAUUCUUCAUUCUAAGAACAUUAAGGUUGAUGAUGCUUCAACGUGCAAAUACCUUAUUUGGACCCCGGCUAAUGGUUUAGGGAACCAAAUGGUUAGCAUAGCUGCAACAUUUCUUUAUGCUCUUCUCACAAACCGCACGAUGCUCGUACGAUUCAGGAAAGACAAACAAGGUCUAUUUUGUGAACCAUUUCUAAAUUUGACUUGGUUGUUACCAGAAAAAUCUCCUUUUUGGAAUCAAGAUCAUGUUGAAACAUAUCAAAGUGUGAUAGAGAAGGAAAAAGCUAACAAAAAUUCAAAAGUGGAUUUUCCAUCAUCACUAUUUCUCAAUCUACAAUACCAAGCAAAUUUUCAUGAGAAAUUCUUUCACUGUGAUGAUAGUCAAGCUCUUCUCAUCAAAGUUCCUUUGUUGAUUUUGCAAUCAGAUCAAUAUUUUAUACCUUCUCUUUUCAUGACACCUUUUUUCAACAAGGAAGUUGAAGCAAUGUUCGUCGAAAAAGACAUGGCUUUUCACCAUCUGGGACGAUACCUUUUCCAUCCUUCGAAUUCGGCGUGGAGACUAAUCACAAAUUUCUAUCAAGCACACUUGGCUAAAGCAGAUGAGAAAAUAGGCCUUCAAAUAAGAGUGUUUAAUCCUAUUUCAACUCCACAAGAGGUAAUUAUGAAUCUAGUUUUAAAUUGCACUAUACACAACAAAUUACUUCCAAAAGUAAUUGAUAUGAAAAAUUCAAUGUCUACUUCAAGUGACAAAAACAAGACGAUUACGAAAGCUGUUCUUGUGGCGUCUUUAUAUCCAGAAUAUGGUGAGAAUUUAAAGACGAUGUAUAUGAAUAAACCAACGGAUACCGGGGAAGUAAUAGAGGUUUAUCAACCAAGUGGUGAAGAGAAACAAAAAUUCAAUGAUAAUAAGCAUAAUAUGAAGGCUUGGGUUGAUAUGUAUCUACUAAGUUUAUCUGAUGUGUUGGUGACUACUUCUUUGUCUACAUUUGGAUAUGUUGCUCAAGGUUUGGGAAAUUUGAAGCCAUGGCUUCUAUACAAGCUUACAAAUAAUGAGACUCAUUUUCCAGCUUGUGUAAGAGAGUUUUCAAUGGAGCCUUGUUAUCAUGCUCCUUGAUGACACCUCAUCAUUA